UUCUUCCCAAAAUUAGUUGUGGCUUGGGGCCUGUGCGGCUUGACUUUUCGGCCAUGCCAUUCUUAUCUCUGGCGUCCAAGAAAGCCAGCCGUGGACUGGUGAUCCAUAGAAUGGUGAAACCAUCCUGUGGAGACCAGCCACCUUCAGAUGACGAUGAGGUGCAUCCAGAGUCAGACAGGAGUACAAGUGUCGCAUCAGCUUCUCAUCCAUCUUUGACGUCCUUGGAAGUGUCUAGGUUUGGCGCUGCAGAUUUGGGGCAGGGAGUGUGGUGGAUAUGCCUGCCAAACGAGGCUGCAGAUCCAACAGCUAUAGAGUCGUCCAUGUUGCCCGAAACGGUGGCAUCCAACACACAGGAUGCAAUGGAAGCUUUGAAGCAAUGCGCAGAAAAAGGAAGUGGAGAGAGCCGCAAUGCGUCUCUAUAUGCCAUGUAUCCAGAGGAGAUGGAGGAUUUGGGAAAACUGAAGUGGGAUGGAGAUGGCCACUAUGUUCUAGAACCAUUCCCCGGGGACCACCCGCCGACACUUGGUCAGAUUAUCUCCUGUUUGAAGAUGAUUGAUGUUGCGCUGUUGCAAUCCAAAACCGUCCUGCUUGUCACUUCGCAGAAGAGGCGGGCAGUGACUGCCACGCUGGCUGGAGCCCUGCUUGUGCUUGCACGAGGCUUCUCCCCUGAGGACGCCUGGGAGCACAUUCUUCCAGUCUACGGCACCCCCAGCAAGGUGUCCUGGGAUCGAUUCCCUCCGCCUUUCUCACAUUCAGGUGAGACGGGAGCCAGCUCCUUGACAGUGAUUGAUUGCCUCCAAGGCCUAGCCGUUGCUAGGGAGAAGAAUUGGUUGGAGGACUACCGUGUCUUCGACGUGGCUGCGUGGAAGUUCUUCCGUGAGAAGUUCGAUGCCUCGUGGCUGGUGCCAGGCGAGAUCCUCGCCAUGGCCAAUCCAUGGGGAACUUCUCAGAAUCCACGCUUCCCAGGGCUCUUGGGCCGAGGACCUAAAUUUGUGUCGCAACCUUCAACCACCAGCCUGUCUAGCUUGGUGAGGGACCCUUCAGGGUCGUCUCAAGGUGGCCUGAGCCUGGAGCAUUUCCAUUCGAUGCCUGAGCUCAAUCUCCAGGAGCUGGCCAAGGGAAUCAUCAAUGAUGAUGAUUCCGCAGGAGCUGAUUCAGAGAUUUGCGAUCCGGCACAAGCCAAGAAGGCAGCUGCAGUCGCAGGAUCUUGGAAAGUGCCUUUCUCAAGGUCUGAAGAAUAUGCUCGCCUGAAUCAAGACUCUUUUGUCUCUCUGCUGUUGCGCAAUCAUACUCACGAGGUUGCCAGGUUGAACUACGAUUUUGAGUGUCCAGAGCAGAAGGGAUACGAGAAGGCUUUCACGGAGAAUGGAAUCCGAGUGAAGAAGAUCCCCUUUACCGAUGGCAGCAUCCCUGGAAAGGAUGUGGUCAAAGAGUUCUUGAAGUCAAGUGGCAACGCCAUCAAACAGAACCGCACCAUCGCCCUUCAUUGCCAAGGGGGAAUGGGCAGGACUGGUGUGAUGGCAGGUGCUCAUGCAGCUGUACAUCAUCAAGUGGAUGGGAAAGCUUUUCAUGGUUGGGUACGCAUUUGUCGGCCUGGGACUGUUCAGACGGUUGUGCAAGAGGAAUUUCUCCGAAAGAUGGAACCCAAUGGAGUUUCUCGAUCCUCCAGUGUUAAAAACCUCAUGGAGAAGAUGCGCACGAGGUUUUCCAGCGUUUGAUCAUUUGAUCCAAGACGGAGCCUGCCAGCUGUGGAGCAGCGGGUAGAGUCGAAAGGCGUGAGACAUCUGGCUACGCACAUCAAGCUGUGCACCACUGUCACCGGUUCCAAGAGGUUUGCCUCAGGCUGCCGAUAAUUUCAAUAGUUAUGUUUCGUGCCACUGAGGUUCUGAGAAACAAGGCGACACAUUCCUUG